AUGGACGACGAAUACGCCAGUUCCGAAAACGAUCAGGACGAGCUGAUGGAAGACGCCGAGGACCUCGAGGCGGAGAAUGAGAAUGACAAUGAGAAUGAGAACGAAGAGGAGAACGAGGAAGAGGAGGAUGACCAGGACCCGGACCAGGACGCGGAUCAGGACCAAGAUCAAGAUGAACAGGAAGCUGAGGGUACCGAAGGCGAUGCCGAAACGGCCGAAUCGUUCGAUGCUUCGCAAGCCCCGACCACAAUCACGGCCGAUCCGCGCGACCCUCGGAGUCGUCCGACUUCGCGCGGUGCAACAGCACAAUCCACAACAACCCCCACCGCCCCAACAACCAAACUCGCCUCCACCUGGCAUCCCAUCCUCCGCCAAGAAUACAUCGACGCCCCGCUCUACGACAUCGUCCCCACCAUGGCCGCCCCGCAAGCCACCAGCGUCAACGCCAUGGCCAUCACCCCGGACCUGCGAUACUGGAUCACCGGCGGGUCCGACGGCUACAUCCGCAAGUACGACGGCAUGGGCACGAUCAACGGCAAACAGCAGCUUACUGUUGCGCAGCGACACCCUUUUGUGGAUAGCGUGACGAAAGCGGGGAUACUGAUGAGUUACUGGGAGAAUGAGGAACCCGCGCCACCCGGUGCGCGCGCGGAGGAUAGGGUGUUAUCCCCCGUGUAUAGCUUAGCGGUGCAGAGGAAUGCAUUGUGGUUGCUGAGCGGGUUAGAGAGCGGGGGGAUAAACUUGCAGAGUGUGCGGCAUGAUGAAGGGAAAAGGAUUCAUUGUUUGAAAGAGGGGGGCCAUACGAAUGCGGUCAGUGUGUUGCAGCUGGCGACGGAUGAGAAGUCGGUGUUGAGUGGGAGUUGGGAUAAGACGGUGCUGGAUUGGGAUUUGAAUACGGGGAAUGUGAUUCGGAAGUUUGAGAGUAGUGGGGGGCAGAUCUCGGCGAUUGAGUUGCGCCCGGCGAGCGGGGCGCCGGUGCCGAAGGAGGCGAGUGAGGUGGAGGUGGUGAAGAGUGAGACGUUUUUUGCGGAGACGAGGCCGAGGGUGAAUGGUUUUUUUCAGGAUGGGGGGGAUGGGGGUGAUGGGGAUGGUGGUGUUGCGGGUGGUGGUGUGAGUGGUGGUGGUGAUGGGGGAUCACCAGAGCACGAGUCGUUGUUUGGGAGUCCAGCCGGGUCACUGUUUGGGGAUAACGACACGAUAGGAGGCGGCGGUGGUGGUGGUGGAGCGUUUGGGGAUGACGACGACGAGUUCUCCCGUGCUAUGGACAUGGGGCUACACGAUGACGGUAAUCAUGGGCUGGACCACUCGGGGGAUUUCACUAUGGGUGAUGCUGAUAUGGGUACUGGGGCCGGGACUGGGACUGGAUUAGACGCGAGCGCGGACUCGGCAGUUCCUCCAGCGCAGGACACGGCUGGAAACCAACAACAACACCAAGAUACCCACCCAACAUCCCCCACCCUCGUCUAUACCCACCCCGCCCAACAAUCCCAACCCGCUGCCCAGGGAACGACAACCACAGACCCCUCCCAAUCCUCCCCCAACACCUUCCUCACCGCCGCCAUAGACGGCGCCAUCCGCCUCUGGGACCGGCGCACCCCCGACCCCAUAGCCCGCAUCAACAACCGCCGCGGCGUCCCCCCCUGGUGCAUGGGCGCCUGCUGGUCCCCCGACGGCAACCACAUCUAUGCCGGGCGACGCAACGGCACCGUCGAAGAAUACGCCAUCCACAACGCGACAUCCACCUGGCUUCCCGAACGCACGCUCAAAUUCCCCGCCGGCUCAGGAGCCGUAAGCUGCGUGCGACCGAUGGCGAAUGGAAGACAUUUAGUGUGUGCUUCGCAUGAUAUUUUGAGGCUGUAUGAUCUGAAGGAUACGUCUGCUUUUCGGCAUAGUAAGGUGCCGUUUAUUAUUAUUCCGGGCCCGCCGAGGGCCGGGGUGAUUUCGCAGUUGUAUGUGGAUCCGACGUCGAGGAUUAUGAUUUCGACGGCGGGGACGAGGGGGUGGGAUGGGAGUUCGACGGAGGUGUUGAUUGGGUAUGAGAUUGGGGUUUCGAAGUGA